CCUUCUGUUUUGUUUACAUUAUGGCUCUUAUUGGCAACGCCACCAUUUUGAUAGUCAUAUGGACUGAGAAAACACUCCGAGAUCCAAUGUUCUUUUUCCUGGCUAUACUGUCAGCCAUAGACGUGACUCUCUCUACAUCCUCAGUGCCCCGAAUGUUGGGUAUCUUCUGGCUUGAUGCUCACGAGAUUGGCUUUGGAGCUUGUGUGGCCCAGAUGGUUCUGAUACACACCUUCUCAGGAAUGGAGUCUGCAGUCCUACUGGCUAUGGCCUUUGACCGCUAUGUGGCCAUCUGUGAACCACUCCACUAUACAACCAUUCUGACUGUUUGGGUGCUGGCAGGAAUUGGUCUGGGUAUCAUAUUGAGUGCAGUUGUGCUCACACUACCCUUUAUCUACCUAAUCCACCGUUUGCCCUUUUGUAAGGCCUGCAUUCUUGCCCAUACCUAUUGUGAGCACAUGGGAAUUGCCAAGUUGGCUUGUGCAGACAUACAAAUCAACACCAUUUAUGGGCUCUUUGUUGCUUCCUUCCUUGUCUUUGAUCUCAUACUGGUUGGGAUCUCCUAUGGCUAUAUUAUCCAGGCUGUAUUCCGCCUCAAAUCUCAAGGUGCCCGUCUCAAAACACUGAGUACUUGUGGCUCCCAUGCUCUAGUUAUGUUUGUUUUCUAUACCCCUGCCCUCUUCUCCUUCCUCACGCACAGGUUUGUCCAAAACAUACCCCCUUAUAUCCACAUCCUUGUUGCCAACAUCUAUGUCGUCAUCCCACCUGCACUCAACCCUGUUAUUUAUGGGAUAAUGACCAAGCAAAUCAGAGAGUAUGUGAUCUGAGUAUUUACUAACAAGUAGGGACAACUACACUCCUUGAUCUUUAGGGAUAGGAUUCUGUAUGUAAUGACAAUAUUUACUCCACUUGCAAUUUAUUUGACCACAUGCGAAAAUACUUAUGGGAACUUUAGGAUGACAUGAUCAAAUAAUUUAAACACUGGGAAAGGCCGAUAUAAGUCUUUUGGUAAGUUUUCUUUAGUUUUUCUGUGUGGUUGCAGCCUCUGAUUAUGGUAGUCCAUUAUUCUUGAGGAAGAGAAAUGCAGGGUAUUUGCAGAUGUGCUCCUAUAAUUAACGUCUUGGAAUUUCUCUGAUGGAACAUGGUUCACAUACAAUAGAAUUCUGUGUGAAAUUCCUAAUGAUAGGUCUAAGGCUAUCCCAGUUUUCAUUUGUUAACAUUAAUAUUCUUUUCGAGGAUCUUUUCAUUUUUUUUUCUCCCUCCUAAAUCUCGAAGAAUCUAUACCAUCACAUCACCUCUGUUGUACCUCGUGAAGGUAAUUAUUGAAAAUUACCUAAAAUUGUUUCAUAAGAAAACAACACCCCUUGCA